AUGCGCCGCUGCUGCCCUGCUCUCUGCACCAGCCCCGGCAGCCGCCCCGGCACCCCUCGCCCCGCCGCUACCGCCAUCGCCGCCCCUCUCCCGCCCGCCGCCGCCGUGUCCCGCCCGCCGCUCCUGGUGCUGGUGCUGCUGCAGCGCCGCCCCGCGCCGCCCGCUCCUGCGCCUCCGCCGCACAAGAUGGCGGCCGGUGGGAGCGGCGGGGGCCCCGGGGGCCUCUCCUCCUCCUGCCCGCAGCCGCCGCCGCCACCGCCGGGCAACGGUGCGGCCGCCGCCGCCGCCUGCACCAACGGCGCUCCCCCGUCGCCUCCCGGCCUCACUUACAAUCAGUGCGGCGCUGCCAACCCGGCGGCGAGCAGCGGCGGCGGCGGCGGCGCGGGGGGCCCGGCGGCUGCUGCUGCUGCUGCUGCUGCUGCGGGGGCGGCGGGGGCGGGCGGCUCCGGCGGGGCGCUGCAGCGGGAGCCGGUCUAUAACUGGCAGGCGACGAAGCCGACGGUGCAGGAGCGGUUUGCCUUCCUCUUCAACAACGAGGUGCUCAGCGACGUCCACUUCCUGGUGGGGAAGGGCCGCGGCUCGCAGCGCAUCCCGGCGCACAGGUUUGUGCUGGCUGUGGGCAGCGCAGUCUUCGAUGCAAUGUUCAAUGGGGGAAUGGCCACAACUUCUACAGAGAUUGAGCUGCCUGACGUGGAGCCUGCUGCCUUCCUGGCUCUGCUGAAGUUCCUUUACUCAGAUGAAGUUCAGAUUGGCCCAGAGACUGUGAUGACAACUCUGUACACAGCUAAAAAAUAUGCAGUGCCCGCCCUGGAGGCUCACUGUGUGGAGUUCCUGAAGAAGAACCUCCGAGCAGACAAUGCCUUCAUGCUGCUAACACAGGCAAGGCUCUUUGAUGAGCCUCAGCUGGCCAGCCUCUGCCUGGAGAACAUUGACAAGAACACAUCUGAUGCCAUCAACGCUGAGGGCUUUACAGACAUUGAUCUGGACACCCUGGUUGCAGUGCUGGAGAGGGACACCCUGGGGAUCCGGGAGGUUCGUUUGUUUAACGCAGUGGUUCGCUGGGCGGAGGCGGAGUGUCAGCGGCAGCAGCUUCAGGUGGUUCCAGAGAACAAGAGGAAGGUCCUGGGCAAGGCUCUUUCCCUUAUCCGCUUCCCACUGAUGACUAUUGAGGAGUUUGCAGCAGGGCCGGCGCAGUCGGGGAUCCUGACGGACCGGGAGGUGGUCAGCCUCUUCCUGCACUUCACUGUCAACCCCAAGCCGCGGGUGGAGUUCAUCGAUCGGCCGCGCUGCUGCCUGCGGGGCAAGGAGUGCAGCAUCAGCCGCUUCCAGCAGGUGGAGAGCCGCUGGGGCUACAGUGGGACGAGUGACAGGAUCAGGUUCUCUGUCAACAAGAGGAUCUUCGUGGUUGGGUUUGGGCUCUAUGGAUCCAUCCACGGCCCCACGGAUUACCAAGUGAACAUCCAGAUCAUCCACACGGACAGCAACACAGUGCUGGGGCAGAACGACACCGGCUUCAGCUGCGACGGCUCCUCCAGCACCUUCCGCGUCAUGUUCAAGGAGCCUGUCGAGAUCCUCCCCAACGUCAACUACACAGCCUGUGCCACUCUGAAGGGUCCAGAUUCGCACUACGGAACCAAAGGGCUGCGCAAAGUGAUCCACGAGUCGCCGACCAGCGGCGCCAAGACCUGCUUCACCUUCUGCUACGCCGCAGGCAACAACAACGGCACCUCGGUGGAGGAUGGACAGAUCCCAGAGAUCAUCUUCUACACAUAGUGCAGCUGCCAGCUGCCCCUUAGACUCUUCCUCCUCUUCCCCCUCGCCUCCCGAACGAAACUUCUUGGCUGAGUUCGACCGCAGCGAGCGGAGCUGCCCUGGCUGAAGGUCUCUCACUUCCAAACCAUUUCCCAGCUCGUCCUCUGCCUCGUGCUGGUGGUGAUUCUGCUGCUGUCCCCUACCAGAGCAACUCGGUGCCAGGGCAGCUGGUACCCCAGUACCAUUCGUAGGUUGUCUGUGGCUGUCGUCUCUCACUCCCCCCCCUCGUUAACCCCACCCUAAGGCGAUGCAUUUCCUGGACUGUAAUGAAUGUAGAAGCUUUUCCCCACCAGCCAGAAGCAUGGAAAGGAGUGGCUCUGGUUGUGGUUCUGCUUGCUGUGAGGAGAUGAUGCUGCAAAGAGACUCAAGCCCAGGCUGCUGUGGCCCAGCCUCUUCUGCUCUGGCUCAGCAGCUGAGGUGGUGCCAGUGGGCACCGUGCCCAGCCCCGUCCCUGCUGCCAGCCAUGGCCCCCAGGGCUGCCUUUGAACACUUGUGGCAAGUGGCCUUGUACCCCAGGGCUGCACCAUGCCAGCUCCGCAGGGGCUUGAGGAACACAUCCAACCUGGAGCACCUCUGAAGAGACUGCAGCCCUCUCAUGUCCUCCUCACCCAUCUGUGACAAUCCUGCACCUGGGGCAGUUGGUGAUGCCACAGUGACCUCCCCCACGGGGCCUGGCUGGGCAGGCUCUGCCCUGCCCUCCUUCUGUUGGGGCCUGGUGGUGCUGCCUCAGCCUCUGGCAUGUUCCAGGUGAUGGGAGGGGUCAGAAAGGCCUCUUGCAGUGCCCAGGGGCAGGUACCUGCACUGGUGGGUCCUGUGCCCAUCAGUGCCCAGGGUGCAUCAGCUGGAGCCAGCAGGGGCCUCGCCUUGCCCAGCCCCUCUGUGCUCCUCUGCUGCUGCUCUUCCCACCCACUUUCCAAUGCAUUUUUCUCUCUCCCUGCAUUGCUGCCCCAGCCUGAGCCUGCUGCAGAGCAGGGAGAGAGGCUGUGCUGCAGCUGCCUGCUUGCAGCAGCUGGAGGAGGCUUUGUGACACAGGGCAGGAGAGCAGGGAGGGCUCUGUGCUUGCUGUGUGCUUGCACAGCCUGCCCAGAGCAGGAGGAGGAUGGAGUUACAGACACCACCUGUCCUGGGGCCCUUCAGCUCUUACCUGGUACAGUUGCUGCUCCCUGUAAGCAGCUCCAGCUCAGCAGGAGGAGGGGGGUGGCUCCUUAUGGCUGCCCACCCAGCCCCACACUCGCUGCCUGCUGGUGAAGACCAUUUCCUACUCUUCCUCCUCCUCCACAGGGGAAGUUAUAAUCAAAGCCCUGCAGAGCAGUGGGGCCAGAGCCCUCCUGGAGCCUGCUCAGGACUCACUGCAGGGUUGGUGCUGCUCAGAGCUGAGGCCCAGCCCUGCCACACCUCCUCUCUGGGCAGGCAGAGCUGUUGGAACUCACCAGGCAGCAGCUGCCACUGCACGGAGCUGCUCAGAGCUGGAACCUGCUCGGCCUCGGUGCCUGCUCCCCCGCUGGGGCAUAGAUGUCUCCUCCUCCGUGGGGCCCUGCCCGUGGUGGGUGGCUGCUGGGUGUCCCCUCCCCCACCGUGCAGCACUGCCCGGGGCAGGAGCAGCCUCCACCUCCUAACCAGUAGCUAUUAGUGUCCAUAGUGUGUUCCCUUCCCUAGGAAGCCGUUGUCAGAUGUGUUUAUUGUCAGCCUGCUUCGAGGUAGGACGUUCUGAACAAGGCCAGUACACAGCAAGAGACUGAAACACAAAAA